AUGACCACCCCAACCGAGUUCCACUCCUUUAACCAGCUCCCCUAUCAGCUGAGAGACAAGAUCUGGAAGCUCGUCCUCCGGCCGCUUGAUCGCGCGGGAGCCCACUUCUUCAACGUCGAGGAACGAGAAAAGCAAGAAGACAUAGGCAGCUUCCAACAACACGAUAUCUCCAUCACGUCUCUACGCAUGGCGUCCCCAUAUUGGCUUCACACCUGUGUUGGCGACACGCCCAAGCGGAACCGGUCAAUUUACAUGGUCGACAGCGGACUCUGGACAGCCUGCAAGGAAUCACGCGAGCUCAUGAAGAAGACGUUCAGACCGGAGAUUUCCAACCACUCCACCACGGGCUUCUGCAUUUCGUCCAGUUUGUCAGAUCCCUUGUCAUCUGGCUCUCCAUCCUUUAGUUCGGAAAAUGCCAUCACCGUUCAGAGGCGUUAUUUCACCGUUUGCCAGAAUCAGGAUCUUUUCAUCUAUUGGAAACUGAACUGGUCAUCGCCUGCUUGGUGGGACAGAGUCCUCAAUGACGGGGACCCACGCGAUUUCUUGAAAAAGUUGGGCCAUUAUCAAAAACACUUGGCCAUCGAGUAG